AUGACUGAAAUUGGUGACCGGGAAGGAGAAGCAAUAGUUUAUGGAAACCUAGGAAAUUUGUUCCAGUCACUUUGCGAAUUUAAGAAGUCUAAAGAAUAUCGUGAGAAAGCACUCUCCAUCAAGAUCGAAAUGGGUGACAGAAGAGGAGAAGGAGUAGAUUACGACAACCAAGGAACUUUGUUAGGGUUACUUGGUGAAUAUCGUGAGGCUAAAGAAUAUCAUGAGAAAGCACUCUCCAUCAUGAAGGAAAUUGGUGAUAGAAAAGGAGAAGCAGAAGUCUAUAGAAACCUAGGAACACUGUUUUCUUCGCUUGGCGAAUACGGCAAGGCAGAAGAAUACUUCGAAAAAUCCCGCACUAUGAACUGUAAUAUUGGAGACGGUUUGAUGCAGCUUUUAAAUCUGCUCAGGCUUUCAAACUUGAAGUCACAGCAAUCCAAGUUUCAAGAAGCGCAUUCGUAUCUCCAGAAAUCUAUUCAGAAAUAUGAGAAAUUGCGAAAUUCUCUACAAGGAGAAGAGCAGUUGCAAGUAUCUCUUUUAGAAGCAAAGGGUACGCAUCUCUACAAGCGUCUCAGUGAACUAAUUUGUUUGAGGACAGGAAAUCCUCGAGAUGCACUAUAUAUUGAAGAGCUGGGACGCGCUCGAUGCCUGGGGGAGCGGAUGGCAGCCAAAUUUUCCGUCGAAAAUCACGUCUCAGCGGAGCCAAGAUCAUGGUCCAAGGCUGAUAAGAUUUCAAACAAAGAACGUCACUCUACUUUCCUGUACGUUUCGUAUUAUGCACGAAGAGUUCAUAUUUGGGUUCUGAAGCCAAACGGAGACACUUUGUUUCGACGUUCCCAAUGGGUCGAUGACAAAACCCUUAUUGCAGAGAAAGCCUUUGAUUUGAACAGUUUUUUCAACAAAGGUCUUCGUGGCUUUGGCAUUUUACCAAGACAGAAAUGCGAAGAUCGUUCUUUGAGUGAAACCAUGCUGAUAUCACCUGAUGAUGAAAGCGAAGCAAAUCUGCGAGGCGAAGAAACUCCAGAAACUGAAAGAAGACUUAAUCUUUGUUCCAAACUGAUCAUUGCUCCAGUAGCUGAUUUACUCAGCGACCCAGAAAUCAUCAGCGACCCAGAAAUCAUCAUUGUUCCGGAGCGUAGCUUGUACCGAGUUCCAUUUGCAGCCCUACGUCAACAGCCAGGCGGAAAGUAUUUAUCGGAGACUUUCAGAAUCUGCAUCGUCCCUUCUUUGACGACUCUGAAGCUCAUUCAGGACUGCCCAGCGGACUACCAUUGUCAGACUGGUGCUCUAGUUGUGGGUAAUCCUAAGGCAGGAAAGGUGCAUUACAAGGGAAAAACCCCGACCCUUGUUGAUUUACCUGGUGCAAGAAAGGAAGCAGAGAUGAUCGGACGACUACUGGGUGUCCAGCCUUUGUUAGGAGAGUGUGCGACCAGAGAGGCGGUACUUCAAGCGAUCAACUCAGUGAGUCUGAUUCAUAUUGCGGCACAUGGUAACGCUGAUACUGGAGAGAUCGCCCUUUCCCCUCGUCCUACUGCUAAAAGUAUUCCAGAAGAAGAAGACUACCUCUUGAGGAUCUCUGAUAUUUCACAAGUUCAACUGCGAGCUAAACUGGUAGUACUCAGCUGUUGCCACAGUGGGCGUGGAGAGAUCAAAGCCGAGGGAGUUCUUGGAAUCGCUCGAGCAUUCUUGGCAUCCGGUGCACGAUCAGUGCUGGUGACACUGUGGGCCAUAGAGGACGAAGCAACAUGGCAGUUCAUGAGCCGUUUCUACAGACACCUUGUUGACGGAUUUAGUGCAAGUGAAUGUCUCCACCAGGCCAUGAAAUGGUUGAGGAACACCGGCUUUACCAAAGUCUCCCAGUGGGCUCCAUUCAUGCUGAUUGGAGAUAAUGUCACAUUUGACUUCAAGAAAGAAAGAUGCGAGCUAAAAGAAGACAGGAAGAAGACGGAAAAGCAGUGUUCAUGUGAUAAAAUACUUAUUCACUGA